AGAAGAUCCUCGAGGGAAAAAGAAAGACGUACAGAUGAUUAGAGUUGAAAUGACGGAGAGAGAAUAGUAAUCGUCAGUUUCUUUUCACCACGCGAUCAUAACAUUUUCCCGCCAAAGUCACAAUUCCAUUUUUUUUAUAAUUUUUUUGCCACUGGGACUGGCUCUCCUUCACUCUUUCGCUCUUAGCUUCUUCUCUUCAGGGUAUUCUUUCUCCCUUAUUCUUUAACAGAGAAAACCCUAGAAUAAGCGGACCCUAGUCAUGGGGGACCCUGGAACCUUUUCUAUUCCGCGCUCCAAAGCAGGUACCGUUAACAGGAUUCGAUUGGAGAACUUCAUGUGCCAUAGCAAUUUGGUGAUCGAGCUAAUUGACCGGGUGAACUUUAUCACUGGUCAGAAUGGAAGUGGUAAAAGUGCAGUCCUCACUGCUCUGUGCAUUGCAUUUGGGUGUCGAGCGAAAGGGACUCAAAGGGCUUCAACAUUAAAGGAUUUCAUCAAAAAUGGUUGUAGUUCUGCUGUUGUUAUUGUCGAAAUAAAUAACGAAGGUGAUGAUGCGUUUAAGCAACAAAUAUAUGGUAGUACCAUAACUAUAGAACGCAGGAUUUCGGAAUCUACAAGCUCCACUGUUUUGAAAGAUGUCCGAGGGAAAAAAGUUGCUUCGAAGAAAGAGGAGCUUCGUGAGCUAGUAGACCAUUUUAAUAUUGAUGUUGAAAAUCCAUGCGUAAUAAUGAGUCAAGACAAAAGCAGAGAAUUUUUACAUUCUGGGAAUGACAAGGACAAAUUUAAGUUCUUUUUCAAGGCCACUCUUCUUCAGCAAGUCUAUGAUCUUUUGGAAAACAUUGAUCAACUCUUGAAAUCUGCAAAUGGCAUUGUUUGUGAAUUAGAGGAUUCAGUUAAACCAAUAGAGAAGGAACUCAAUGAAUUGCGAGAAAAUAUUAAUAACAUGGAACAUGUUGAAAGAAUUUCUCAAGAGUUGCAGGAGCUAAAGAAGAAGCUUGCGUGGUCAUGGGUAUAUAAAGUAGAUAGGGACCUCCAGGAACAACGUGUAAUUAUUGACAAACAGAAAGGUCGUAUACCUGUUAUCCAAUCUAAAAUUGAUCGUAAAAUGGGUAAAAUGGAGGAUUUAGGGCAGCUUUUAGCUGAGAAGAAAGCUCAAAUUGCAUCUUUGAUUGGAAAGAUGUCUGAAGUGCAGAGAAGGAAGGAUGAAUUACAACAUACAUUGUCCCUGGCCACUAAAGAGAAGCUUCAGCUAGAAGAAGAGUUUAAGCACAAAGUUAGUGUCAUCAACAAUUUGAUUAAGCGUUUAAGAUCUCAUGAGCAACAAGUACAUGAAGUUCAUGACCAUCAUGUAAAGAAUACACAGGCUGAAGAAUCUCAAAUAGAGGAGAAGCUGAGGGAACUCCAGUCUGAGGUUGACAAUGCUGAUUCAAUAUUCAAAAGUUUGAAGGAAGAAGAGGAUAUAUUAUCAGAAAGCUUAAACAAGGUGAAGAUAAAAAUCCGGGAUGUAGAUGAGGAGAUACAAAAUUGUCAGAAGCAGCACAAAAUAUUGUCAGAUAAUAUUAGACAGCUUCAGCGGAACCAAACCAAUAAGGUUACUGCAUUUGGUGGAGAUAGAGUUAUUGAUUUGUUGCGUGAAAUUGAGAGACGUCGUCAGAGGUUCAAAACACCACCAAUUGGUCCAAUUGGUGCUCAUUUGACUUUGGUUAAAGGUGAUAAGUGGGCUCCUGCUGUCGAACAAGCCCUUGGAAAGUUGCUUAGUGCUUUCAUAGUAACAGAUCAUAAAGAUUGUCUUCUUUUGAGAUUAUGUGCAAAGGAAGCGAACUAUAGCUAUGUUCAGAUUAUCAUAUAUGAUUUUUCACGACCAAGGCUGGAUAUUCCUCAUCACAUGCUUCCUCAAACAGAUCACCCAACCACUCUUUCAUGUCUUCAUUCUGAAAAUCAUACUGUUUUAAAUGUUUUAGUUGAUGUGGGUAAUGCUGAGCGGCAAGUUCUUGUUAAAGAUUAUGACAUUGGAAAAGUUGUUGCUUUUGAUUCAAGGAACCCAAAUUUGAAGGAGGUCUACACAUUAGAUGGCUAUAAAAUGUUUUCUCGUGCUUCUGUUGAGACAAUUCUUCCUCCCAAUAAGUCAACUAGACCUCCGCGUCUUUGUAGUUCCUACGAUGAGCAGAUUAAAAUUUUUGAAAGGGACAUAUUAGAUGUACAAGAAAUAGCUCAAGAUUGCAUGGGGAGGAAAAGGCAAGCAGAAAGGCAACUUGAACAUCUUCAGGAAAGCAUUCAAAGUGUAAAGAGAAAGUGUCAACGUGCGGAGAGUACUUCCUAUUCUAAGAAGAUGCAACUGGAAGAUUUUAAGAAAUCAUGUGCUGCUGAAGCUAGUGCAUCACCUGCAUCAAAUGUCGAUGAGAUCCAUCAAGAAAUUUCAAAAAUCCAAGAAGAGAUACAACAAAAAGAGGUUUUGCUUGAAAAUUUCAAAGUCCGAAUGCAUGAAGCUGAAGCUAAAGCCAAUGAACUUAAAGUAUCAUUUAAAAAUUUACGUGAGUCAGCAAAAGGAGAAGUUGAUGCUAAUGAGAAAGCGGAGAAAGAUCUUAUAGAUAUUGAAGAAGCUCUAGAUUCUGCAGAAGCGGACAAAAAUCAUUAUGAAUGUGUAAUGAGCAAGGAGAUUGAUGAAAUAAAGAAGGCAGAGGCCAAAUAUGAGGAACUUGUCCUUCUCCGUGAGGUCAAUAGCAGAAAAGCUUCUAUUAUUUGUCGUGAGAGUGAUCUUGAAGCUAUUGGUGGGUGCAAUGGUAGCACCCCCGAGAAACUCAGUGCUCAAGUAACCACACUAGAUCAAAGGCUUAAGCAAGAGAUCCCUAGAUUUUCUGAAUCUAUCGAUGACCUAAGGGCAUUGUAUGACGAAAAACAAUGUAAGAUUUUGGGGAAACAGGAAAGAAAUAGAAAUUUCCGGAAGAAGUUGGAUGCCCUUCAGAAAGCCCUAGAUGUACGUCGAGCUAAGUAUCAGAGAAAUGCAGAGUUUUUGAAGCGUCAGAUAACAUGGGCUUUCAAUGAUCAUCUAAAAAAUAAAGGGAUCAGUGGACGUAUUGAUGUUAGUUAUGAGGAUAGAACCCUCUCUGUUCAUGUAAAGAUGCCCCAAGAUGCAUCAAACAGCAGUGUUCGUGACAUUAAAGGACUUUCAGGUGGGGAGCGCUCUUUCUCAACUUUGUGCUUCACUUUGGCUCUUCAUAGCAUGACAGAAGCUCCAUUUCGAGCAAUGGACGAAUUUGAUGUAUUUAUGGAUGCUGUAAGUCGGAAAAUUAGCUUGGAAACUCUAGUGGACUUUGCACUGGCUCAAGGAUCCCAAUGGAUAUUUAUUACUCCUCAUGAUAUUAGCGAUGUCAAGCAAGAUGUGAAUAUAAAAAAGCAGCAAAUGCCCGCCCCCCGUUCAUGAGUACUCUACUUGAAAAUGUGGCUGGUUUUCUCAUAGGUGUUUAAACAUCUGCGUUUUGGCAAUUUGGAAUAUUUAUACAUGAUGUAUUUUUUCUCGUUAAUCUCCUUGGAAUGACAAUACUUACAUAAUGAAAGAGAUCGACCAUUGUAUUUAAAUUAUGUUGUCAAUAUCACAUUGACCAUACUGGUCUUGCAAUGGUGAUAUGGUGGUGUCAAUAUGCAGUUUAAUGCUCCA